UCCAAGAGAUGGAUGCAAUAGUGUCAAGUUUUAAUGCUUUUGAAACUAAGGAAGCAGACCCACUAAUUCUAACAUGGGCAGUGUUUCUUUGUCUGAUUCAUCACUUCCGGGAAAAGAAGAAAACAAUGUUCUAAUGGAGAUUGAUCAUAUUAGCUAUGUUCGUCAAGCUUUUGAAGCUGCAUCUUUGAGAUUUUUUCUUGAGAUCCUCGAGAGUGACUUAUUAAAUGAGUCUGAUGAAUCACUUUGCAGUCAGUUUUGGAAUAGAGAAAGUUUUGUUGAUGGUCCUAUUCGGUGUCUUUUUUGUAACCUAGAAGGUGAAUUUCCCUUCAGGACUGUGGAACUUAUUCGCCUCUUAUCAUCCCUAUCUGAAGGAACUUGGCCAUCAGAAUGUGUGUAAGUUUCUUUAUUUCUUUGCAUUGGGUUGAGGAUUCUACAGUAAUUUAUGUACGUUUGUAAACACUACACUGUACUAUAUCAGUGUAAUUGACUGCGAAUAUGUAUCACUGUUUUGUAAUUACUUGUUAGUGCCCAAAUAACUUAAGGUCUAGAGUUGAGUACCUGUUUGAGCU